AUGGCCGGGCUUCUACACAAGCUCAAUGUCGCUGUCGCGAGCUCAAUCGUCGGCAGAUACUUUCGUCUCGAGGGUUCUGGUCACCCCAAGGAGCGAAAGGGGAGUCUCUUCACUACAGAGUUCCGCGCUGGUCUGGCUACUUUCUUUGCCAUGGCCUACAUCAUCUCGGUGAACUCCUCGAUCGUGUCCGACACUGGUGGUACAUGCGUGUGUCCAGGACUCCCAGAUGACCCUGUUUGCAAUACCAACGCCGAAUACGCCCUUUGUGUCCAAGAAGUCAAGCGGGAUCUUGUAACCGCUACAGCUGCCAUUUCCGCCCUGACCUCGUUUUGCAUGGGUCUGUUUGCAAACAUGCCCAUUGCCCUGGCUCCUGGAAUGGGACUCAACGCUUACUUUGCUUACACAGUAGUCGGAUUCCAUGGUACUGGCAUGGUUCCAUACGAGGUCGCACUUACCGCCGUCUUCGUUGAGGGUUUCGUCUUCGUGGGUCUUACUAUCCUUGGAAUUCGACAGUGGCUUGCCAGGGCUAUUCCCGCUAGCAUUAAGCUUGCUACCGGUGUGGGUAUUGGACUCUAUCUGACCAUCAUCGGUCUCGCAUACUCUGCUGGUAUCGGCCUGAUCACCGGAGCUCAGUCCACCCCAUUGGAACUUGGCGGAUGUCUUGCCUCGCAGCAAGUCGAUGGUGUCUGCCCAGGAGGAGUCAAGAUGAGGAGCCCAACCAUGUGGAUCGGCAUCUUCUGCGGUGGUAUCCUCACCGUUAUGCUCAUGUUAUACCGCGUCAAGGGUGCGAUCAUCAUUGGUAUCCUCCUCGUCUCCAUCAUCUCCUGGCCACGCACAACUAGUGUCACCUACUUCCCCCACACCGAGACUGGCGACUCAGCUUUCAACUUCUUCAAGCAAAUUGUCACCUUCCACCCGAUCAAGAAGAUCUUGGCUGUUCAGGAAUGGAACAUUUCGGAGCACGCUGGCCAGUGGGGUCUUGCGUUCGUCACCUUCCUCUACGUUGACAUUCUCGACACCACUGGUACCCUUUAUUCCAUGGCCCGUUUCUGUGGCGCCAUCGAUGAGCGUACACAAGACUUUGAGAACUCGUCCAUCGCAUACUCUGUCGACGCUAUCGGUAUUUCCAUCGGUUCGUUGAUGGGCUGCCCUCCGGUUACAGCAUACAUCGAAUCCGGUGCUGGUAUUUCCGAAGGAGGCAAGACUGGUCUUACUGCCAUGUUCACUGGUAUCUGCUUCUUCAUCUCCAUCUUCUUCGCGCCCAUCUUCGCCUCCAUCCCUCCUUGGGCUACUGGCUGCACGCUGGUGAUCGUCGGAUCCCUCAUGGCCACAUCCGCCAAGGACAUCAACUGGCGAUACCUCGGCGAUUCCAUCCCCGCUUUCCUCACCAUCGCCAUCAUGCCUUUCACAUACUCCAUCGCCUACGGUCUAAUCGCCGGUAUCUGCACCUACCUCCUCAUCAACACGACUGUUUGGCUCAUCGAGAUUGCUUCUGGCGGCCGUAUCGUGCCACCCAACAAGGACGAGAAGGAGCACUGGACAUGGCGUCUCGAGGGAGGCUUCCUACCCCCAUGGGUGCAGAGGCUCACGAGCGGAAAGAAGGAUUUCUGGAACGGCAACCCGGAGACUGUAGGCGUCUCGGAGCGUCACAGUGGCGAGGACUCGGUCCACGACGAGAAGGACUAUGUCACGGAUAAGCAGGCUUGA